AUCUCAGCAGCUUGGAGUCCCGGGAGUUUUCAGUUUUCCAAUUGUAUUUCAAAAAUUUCUAGUGUCUGCAUGACAAUAUUGGAAACAAAUAUCUAAAAGUUUGGUGCCUAAGGAGUUUAACUGUCGUAUUUUAUCUUGUUGUGAAAAUGGCAAAUCGCAGUGAUUUGCCAUAUUCAGAGAAGGAAGUGCGGCGUUACAUAAUGGGACCAAAAACUUCAUUUGCUCUAAAAUGUGUUGUUAUAGUGAAUAUAUUAGGAAUUGCUUGUUUUGGCUGUUACUUAUUCAGAAGUUACUACUCAUCCACGAAACAGGAGGUUACCAACUUACCCCCAAGUUUGCAGAUUCCAAUACCUGGUUUAAUACAAGCUAACGAGACACUGGAUUACCAUACCUUUUUCGAGGAAUACUUGGUCGACUCGACAGAUGAGAGCAUCUUUACCGGUGAAGAUAACGACUUUCGUUCGUAUAUCAGGCCUCAUGUGAGGUUGUCACAGGUCCUACCGCUCGAAUCCUCACACGUCAUGGGAAAACUCAAAGCUUUUCUAAAAUGCAACAAUCAAGACUUUAAAUCUAAGAUUGUUUUUAGAAACAAUUAUUAUGUACUGAAAAACUACUAUCGAGCGGCACACGGUGAAAUCGAGUGUUACACAGCAGUAACGUAUGCUACGCAUGGGGACUACACAAAUUUGGAGAACCUAAGAGAGUUGGUUAACAGAUGGGAUGGUCCGAUUAGUGUCGCGCUGUACGCGCCUGGAAAAGAUUUUCAACGUACUUUGAACUCGAUAAAAUAUGUAUUGAAUUGUCUACCAGAAAGUCCACUUAUCCGGCUUUUUGUCACUUUCCACAUCUACAUCCCUGUGGACCAUAUUCCUGGCUUUGUUCGGUACAAUACUAGAUAUGUCUCCCCCGGACCCGGAUAUAUCAACUGCGCAAGUCGUCCACCAUACAAAACAAACAGUGAACAAUACCGAGUACAAAAGAAAAUCCUUUAUCCUAUCAAUGUCGGACGAAAUAUUGCACGUGACGGAGCUCUGACGCAUUUCAUCCUAGAUGCUGACAUUGAUAUGUAUCCCAGCGCAGGACUAAAUAAGAAAUUUUUGGAAAUGGUCGCUGCUGAUAAGAGUAUAUUACAGAUGAAACUUCCAAAAGUUUUCGCAUUACCCGUGUUUGAAGUAGCACCUCAGGUGACUUUACCAAGAAACAAAACCGAUUUGCAGGAACUGGUCAAGGGCGGUAAGGCUCAUUUCAUCAGUAAAGGUCCUUACGCCAAAUGUAAUAGUUUCAUGAAUGCCGACAAGUGGCUUAAUGGCAAUGAAACUGGUGACAUUAGCGUAUUCCAUGUAGCAAAGCGAAUGGGUCCCCAUAAACAUUGGGAGCCAUUCUUUAUUGGGACUCAGGACGAACCUGAAUACAAUGAACGCUUCAGCAGAGAGGGUGAAUUGGAUCGAACUGCCUUAGCCUACACUCUUUGCGUCCUGGAUUAUGAUUUCCUUUUACUGGAUAACGCAUUUUUGGUGCAUCAAAUUCCUGCUGCCAAGAUGAACCAAUCAAAUCUGAGCGACUUCUCUGUGAUGGAGAAGACGCAGAAAUAUCUCUUGCAAGUGUUAUAUCCUCAGCUUAAAGAGGUUUAUGGAUUUCAAAAAGGAUGCUCUAUACUGCAUAGUAGGACUGAUAUUCCCGUGAACAAUGCAACUAUGUAACCCAGAACAAUUUUCAGUUAUUUUCAGAUGAAUUUUAUAUGUUGGUGUAUAUUA